AUGCGUGACAUCCAGACACCGCAUACUCAUCCCUCAAUGCAAUGUCGAAAUAUGUCUUUCCGAGCAUUUUUACGCAUGCCACCAAAACGCUCUCCCUUGGUUAUUGCAGACUGGGAUGAAACCAUAACCACAAAAGACACCAUCGCGCUUCUAGCAGAAGCUGCCUAUAAUGCAAAACCCUCGUAUAAACCUCCGUUUCUGCACUUCGUCGACGUCUAUAUGCAAGCUUCAUGCGCCUAUAAGCGCAAAUAUGCACAUCCACGCACCACCGUUGCUGAGGAACGCCAGUACCAGCUGGGGUUGCACCCGGUAGAAAUGAGUUCCAUAAACGAGAUUGUAGCCAAAGAACUUUUCAAAGGUGUUCAUAAAUCCCAUUUUGAUGCAAUUGCGAAAAAAGUAGAGCUUCGUGACAAUUUUUUACAAUUUCUUGAAUACUGCCAUUGCAGCCAAAUUCCAGUAAUUGUUCUUAGCAUCAAUUGGUGUCGAUAUUUUAUUGAGCAGGUAUUUCGGCGGUAUGGAUUUGAGUCUGGGGAGCUAUUACAGGUUGUUUGCAAUGAUUUUGAGUACAAAAAUGAUAUUUGCACCGGACAAUUUGAUGGGAAAUUUUCGGUUCGCACCGGACUCGAUAAAGUCGAGUAUUUGAGGAAGGUGAAUCACCAAAAAAAAAUUAUAUAUAUCGGCGACAGUUCAACCGAUUUGUUUCCGUUGUUGGAAAGCGAUGUUGGGGUUAUCAUAGAAGGAGGAUCGGUCAAACCAUUAGCGGAAAAUCUCGGUAUAACUGUGAAAAAAUCACAAACCUUGAAAGAAGAAAACUGCCUUUUUGAAGGCAGUUGGACCAAUAUUUUAAAUGCAUUGAAACAGUAUAGACAGUAG